CAGAAAAUUUUCUCUGUUAAAAGUUUUGUGUUCGUAAAAAUAAUUUAUCGUGGAAAAAAAAAAGAAUUUACAAAUAUAAAAGUUGCAUUUUAUUAAAAAGGUAUUGUUAGUUAAGAUUUCCAAAGGAAAUGAGUGAGACUCCGCCGCAUUCAAAUGCGGGAGAAAUGCAGCCGCCGCAGUCUGACAAUGGGCAUGGCGAACGCGAUUAUCGUGGCAAACAUGACAAUUCAGAUCGGUCUCGUUCCCGAUCCAAAGACCACCACAGUCGAGAUGGCCGUGAAAAAGAUAAAGAACGGGAUAGGGAAAGAAAGAAAAGGGAUCGAUCUCGCGAACGUCAUCGUGAUAGAGAGAGUAAAGAUCAAGAACCUUUUCGCGAUAGCCGCGAAAAGGACCGUUAUAAGAGGGAUCGUGAUCGUGAACGUGAUCGUAGCAACCGCGAGAGAGAUCGGGAUAGGGAAAGAGAGCGGGAUCGUGAUCGCGAUAGGGAGCGUAGAAGGGGAAGCCAUGAUCGGGACCGAGAUCGUAGCUCCCGUUCACGCCGUAGUCAUUCUAGAAGUCAUUCAAAACGGAGUCGGUCACGUAGUAAUGACUAUGAUAACCGUAGGAAACGUCGUUCACAUAGCCGUUCUGAUAGACGUGAUCGCGACCGCGUUCGUGACCGUGGCGGUCGUUCACGAAGCCGCAGUUUUGAGAAUCGUAGACAUGAACGUAACAGCAGAGAACGAGAACGUAGUCAAAGCAACGCUGUUGAUUCUGAUUUCCGUAAUGGUCGCGAUAAUCGCAUGGAAACAAUCAAGGAGGAAUCCCGUGAAAGGGGUUUUGAUCUAACACAGACUAUUCAAGAGUUAAUGAAUAGCACCACUUCCACUAAAAACUUUGCAGCGCUAUUUCAAUGUUCUAACAGUAAUGACUCGUGCAGCAACGGACCAUCUGAAAAUUCCCAGGACGAUACUGAUCGAAAGCGGCGCAAAAGGUCACGUUGGGGCGGUACCGAGAAUGAUAAAACGUUCAUACCAGGAAUGCCAACAAUUUUGCCGCCAACUCUUGACUCCGCCCAACAGGAAGCAUAUUUAGUUCAACUAGAAAUUGAAGAAAUCAGCCGCAAAUUACGCACCGGAGAUCUGGGAAUACCGCAGAAUCCAGAAGAAAGGUCACCAUCACCCGAACCAAUUUAUAGUUCUGAUGGCAAACGUCUGAAUACACGUGAAUUCCGCUUUCGUAAGCGUCUGGAAGAGCGUCGCCAUCAAUUGAUACAGAAAAUGCAAAGUGUUAAUCCGGAGUUCAAACCUCCGGCUGAUUACAAACCACCAGUAACACGUGUUAGCGAUAAAGUAUUGAUACCACAAGAACAACAUCCUGAUAUUAAUUUCGUUGGUCUGCUGAUAGGACCACGUGGAAAUACUUUAAAGGCAAUGGAGAAAGAAACGGGCGCUAAAAUUAUUAUACGUGGCAAAGGUUCCGUAAAGGAGGGUAAAGUCGGUCGUAAAGAUGGUCAACCAUUGCCAGGUGAAGAUGAGCCACUGCAUGCAUUUAUCACUGCACCAAAUCCAGAGGCUGUCAAAAAAGCUGUGGAUAAGAUUAAAGACGUCAUACGUCAAGGCAUCGAAGUGCCGGAGGGCCAUAAUGACUUGCGUCGCAUGCAAUUGAGAGAAUUAGCACAAUUGAAUGGCACAUUGCGCGAAACUGAUUGCCCACGUUGCACCAAUUGUGGUUCGAGUGAGCAUAAGUCGUGGUUGUGUCCUGAUAAGCCCAAUGUGACCAACAGUAUUGUUUGUACAUCCUGCGGUGGUGCCGGUCAUAUUUCAAAAGAUUGUCGCAGUAAGCGACCAGGUGCCGCAGGUGAAGUGACAACUGAAGAUUCACAGGCUAAAAUAGAUGAGGAGUAUAUGAGUUUGAUGGCUGAAUUAGGUGAAGGUCCACCGCCGAGCGCACCAAAAGCCACCGUUGAUCCACUCGCUCAAGUUCACCUCAACCGUGGUUAUAGUCUCUUCGAUAAGAAGCCAGCACAAACAUUGGCUAUACAAGCGCCGCCACCAACAAUUGCACAACCUGUGCCAACAACUGUGCCGCCACCCAUGCAUACUGGUCCACCACCGCCACCUAUUCCACCCACUUGGGGUGGAUCCGCUGCACCAAUGCCACCCUUAAUUCCCCCUCCAUGGAUUAGUGCUGCACCACCACCGCCACCGGGCGGUGAAGCAUUACCACCACCACCAAUACCAGGUGCUUCAUUGCCACCACCGCCACCAGGUACUGGCCCAAUGCCACCUUUGCUGCCACCCCCUCCCGGCACUCAAGCUCCAUUGCCACCAUGGUCACCACCAGCACCAGGCGGCAUGAUGCCACCCGGAUUCGGUGGAUGGGGUGGUCCUAGCUUCAUGCCAGCACCGCCAUGCGUGCCGCCACCACCCCCAUGUGCGCCGCCACCGCCCGGUAUGCCAGCGUUGAAUCAACCGCCACCACCACCACCACCAUCUAAUUAAAAACCGUUUGUGGUUAAGAUAACCAGAGAGAACUAGUGUCAAUAAACAAAUUAUAAUAUUGUCAAUUGCUUAAGCCAGACACUGCAUGAGUUCCCAUUGACAACCAACAUUAGCGGAGCGUUUGAAUAAAUGCAAAAAAUAUUAAAUUUACACUGAUUUUAGAAUUGAACGUUUAUCAAUUCGUUGGAUUCUCCUGUAAAGUUAUAGAAAAAAUUUGUAUUUUAAAAUGCAAAACUUGUAAUUUUCAUGUUUAAUUCAUUCACCAAAUAAAACUAUAUAAAGUACGCAACUUAGUACUUGAGAAUA